CAAAGGUUCAGUUAGUGCAGUAGGUGUCACUGAGUCAUGGCGAUCUUUAACCACUUGUUGCUCGUUUGGUGUUUGGUGCCGCUGGUGCUGAGCUACCCUUUCUACCCACCGACAUGCUACACCAAGGUGCUGCACAUGGCACGAGAGCUCACCCAGUGGGCUGCAGAUUUGAAGAGGGACCCUGAGACUACUUACUGCAUGGCACGCAUGCCAGAUCUCAUCCUUGAUGUCCAUAAUGCUUGUGUGAUGUACAAAAUGAGGACCUACAUCUCCCUGGUGGAAGGCCUGCGAGAUCGCCUCUGCGCUUACACCAAAGACGUGAGGAAGCUGGGUCUCACUCUGAGGCAGCUGUUCAUCAUCAUGUCGGAGAAGUGUCACGGGGACUUGGUGUUCACGAUCUUUGACUGCUCUGCUCUGGAGCGCUGACAUACUGGAUCCUGAGGCAACAGUAUAACAGUCUGACAGCAGUACAGCCUGUCUAUGUACAUUCUUCAAGCAUGUGCAGUCACUGAGAGACACAAGACUGAUGUUGAGUUUAAAUCUAUGAUAAGUAUGGCUUAUGUUACCAAAAAUGUAUUUUAAUCAUCUGUUGUCUGACUAUAAUGGGGUUUAUCACAUCUGUCCUAUGCAA